UGGAGCCAGCUGUGCCUGUAUUAUGCAAUGAAUUUGUGAAAGAAUGACGUUCCUUGCGUACAAUGUCUCAAGACGGAAGUUUGGACGGCAUAGUUUCUUCAGGUCUGCAGGCGCCUGCAGGGGUGUUUAUGUGAUUUCAUAUCGACUCGGAUAUCGCCCGAGCUCUCAGCUGACUCGAUGAGCGCUUGUAUGAUUGCCUAUACUUAUCAGCCUCGCUCCCACCCCGGUAUGUAGCACCGCAGAUGACCGCACCCAAGGCUACGAGCAAAACCUUCAGUAUCCGUACGUUGACAUGGGAACGCCAUAAAAAGCUGAAGCAAAACACAGAUGUCGUCAUCACACUUGGUCCAAUUCCUAUCGAUGGGGACAGCGUGAUGGGUCAACUCAAUGCAAUACCUUGGAAGAUCCUUUCGUUUCCAGCCAAUAGCGAUACAUGUCGUGUGGUUACUAUACACCCAAAGAUCGCGGUUAGCACAGUCAAGGAAAAGGAGAAUUUUGUUUUGACCCCCCAGAUCAGUGAAAUACUUACGGAAGGCACAGAGACUAUACUGAAGUUUAACCAGGAAGGCAGGUUGCAAUGGAUCUCGGCACCCCAAUCUUACGGUAAAAAUAUCAUCCAUGGUGGCCUCACUGUGGAACGGGCUGAGCCAACUCAGGCUCGAUUUAUAUCUGACGAUUGGGUGAUCAAGAAUGAAUAUGAGGAAACCAGACUUGCUCUAUGUUUAGUCGACCACGACGAUACACGUCUACCCAUCGUUGAUCUGGGCAGGCUCCCGUCCGUCCCUGUGCUACUUUUCAGUACUGCGCUGACGACACCUCAUGUAGAAAGGAUCAAAGAUUCACAUUUAAUGGACAGCUAUGUGUGCAAGCUUACGCCAUGGCAGAACAGACGGUGGGAAAGCCGAUGGAAUCCGAUAAUUGCGCAGCUGCUCUGUUCCCGUGGCCCAUAGCUCUAGCCGAUCUCCCUGAGGUGCGUGUCAUCGGUGCAUUGCUGAGUAUCCUUCAUUCAUACCAUCGAUAUGAAGACCACAUUCAUACUUUAUACCCAGCACAAUGGAUUGACGAGGCUUGAGGAGCCCUUCUAACCUCGGGUUGUUUGUACUUUAGAGUAGAAUACAAUCUCCUGGGG